GCGAGCACUGAAAGCUGGAAGCGCGUGGACCGGGAGGAGGGCUUCUACAAGCUGAAUGAGUAUCUCUUUGGAGUCUAUCCCAUCUUGCUGGCGUUGCGAGCUGGGAAGCGCACCUUCAAGACUCUCUGGGUCCAGCAGAGAAGGGGUCGGGUGACAGUGGAGAAGAAAGAUGACGAGGCACGUCAGGAAAUCGAGCGGCGCAGCAAGGAGUUGGGAAUUCAGCUGUUUUCGUGCUACAAGCGAGACGUGCUGGAUGAGCAUAGUGGAGGUCGCCCUCAUCAAGGAUUGGUGCUAAAGUGCACCAAGCCCUUCAUCAAGACGGUGGAGGAGCUGCCACGUCCGGCAAAAGGGGCUCUGUGGUUGGCGCUGGAGGGUGUGACGGACCCUAUGAAUCUGGGGUCGCUGUUGCGGUCAGCGACCUUCUUCGGCGUCGAAGGCGUGAUCUGUGAGAGGGGAUGCACGCGCUACUCGCCCGUGGUCGCCAAAGCAUCGGCGGGAGCAGGCGAAAUCAUGGAAAUGUUCCAUACGAACGAUUUGGAGCGGUUACUCCCCAGGGCCCGGCGACAAGGUUGGCUGGUGGUUGGGGCCGCUUUGCCAGCAGAGGGCGAGGGCGAACCUGCCUUCAGCUCGCUGGAAGAUUGGCUGCAGACGCCUGAUCAGCUGGACACCGGCGUCUUGCUGAUCCUUGGCCCAGAAGGACCUGGUCUUCGGCCCGAGGUCCGCCGUGGCUGUGACAG